AUGUCGACAUCACCAGGGCAGCAACUCAAGUCCAUCAAUCCGCCCUCUGUGCCAUGCCUUUCCUCCAGCGCCUCUCCCGGCAGCUCUACGCCCAAGGCCGGGGCCCAGAUCGGCCCCGAUGGCUGCCCGGUGAAGCGUGGGCGGCGAAGCAAUCCAAAAGUCAAGACGGGCUGUUCCAACUGCAAACAGAGACGCAUCAAGUGCGAUGAGCUACGACCAGCCUGUACUCAGUGCGUGAGAAGCCACAAGGUCUGCACGGGGUACCCUCCACCUCCACGGAGCGCCAGGCCGCUUGCCGACAUCAGGAUUGCACCCAAACCGGCGUUGGCGAUUCGGCCGCUGGCGCCAUCCGGGGUUGUCGCGGCCAGCAUUGUCAAGCCAACAGUCUUGCCGCCGCGCCGAGCCAAUCGGCGCAAACGCCAAUCGAUAGUCACGCAGCAUGCCCUUUUGGCUGCCGUGACUCCGCCUACCUUGUACCAGCCGUCCAACACCUUGGGAUUUCAGCAAGUCGAGGGCUUGUACUUCGAACUCUUCCGCGUCCAGACCUCCUCCGAGCUGUCGGGAUACUUCAAUUCCAAUUUUUGGGCCCAGCGAGUUCUGCAAGAGUGCCACGCCGAGGCAGCCAUCCGUCACUCGGUCAUUGCUCUUGGUGCUCUCUACAAAACUUUGGAGCAAACCUUUUACAUGACGACAAUCAGCCCCGAAAGGCGCGAUGUGUUUAUGGGGUCCUUCUUGUCACAUUGGCAAGUUGCCGUAAAACAGUACUCUGAUGCGGUGAAUUCCAUGAUGCUCCUCAACGGGCAGAGCUUACGCUCCUUCAGAACUCGACUCAUGGCUAGUAUCCUUCUAGCUUGUUUUGACUCUUUCAUUGGUGACCAUAAACAGGCAAUAGCUCAAAUUCAGACAGGUCUUGGCCUGCUAGAGCAACUCAAGACGCUCUAUCCCAACCACCGGACGCCGGGUCCGGACGGGUACAUCGAAGACGAUUUGCUCAUCAUAUUUACCCGCCUAGCGAUACAAGCCAAGUCGUACGACAUGGCAUUUCACUUUCCGCAACCCUACGUCAUACGCCUAACUCCGCAGCAACCAUCUCGUGGGUCGUCACCCGUCUCAUCAGAUAUUGGAUCACCCGGAUCGCCGCCCAGUUUCACGGUUCCACCCCGGUUCGAGUCGUUGCUAGAAGCCCGUCUAGCCUCCGACAAGUUGUGCGAGAGGCUUCUCAAAUUCAUUGAACGACUUCAAAUCGCGAAGAAUAACAAGAGCAACGUGCUUCCCGAAUCAUGGAGGCAGUAUGGCAUGGACCUGAAGAGUGAGCUAGAUGCUUGGGCGGUCGCCUUUGAGCACAUAUUUCUGUCUCGCUUCGAUCCGCGGGUCAGCCUCAUCGAGAAGACAGGCAUAUCCGCCCUGAAAAUGUUUCAAAUCAACAGCAAUGUUCUAUUCUUGAUGAUGUUUUGCGACACGGAAGAAAAAUUCGACGCAUUCUUGCCGCACUUCAAAGCCAUUGUCGAUCUUGGCUGGGAGGUGGUCAGCGCAGAAGAGCGCCGGGCCGCCACGGAGGAAAAGGUGAAAACCGAAGACGCCCAGACGCAGCACUGCACAACCGCCAGAGCCGCAUUCAGAGCCGGCAAGUCCAACACGGCUCACAUCAAGCCAAGCUUUUCAGCAGACCUUGGCAUCGUACCGCCCCUGUUUGUGGUGGCAACCAAGUGCCGCGAACCAAGGCUGCGACGCCAAGCUAUUCAGCUGUUACGGAGCAGCGCGAGAAGAGAGGGCAUGUGGGACAGCGAGCUGGCAGCCAAUAUUGGCCGCUGGGUCAUGCAGAUUGAAGAAUCCUAUGCCGACCUAUCACUGGAGUGGGAUGAAUCGGCGCUGCCGUCGGAGCCCAUUCCGGAGCAGAGGAGAGUCAUGGUGAAGUCGGCUGAUUUUGACCUCAAGGCUCGAUUCGUCGAGCUGCGAGUGGGCACACGGGCGGUGCAUGAGGGAUCUCACGACGACAGGGUACGGUGCACUAGAAUCGCGUGGUAG